GGUCAUCCUCAGGCCUAAGAUAGUAACCUAGGUGGGGGGGCUCAUACCAACUUAACUUCUACUUAAAAACCACCAAAAAAAAAAAAAAAAAAAAUCAUAAUGGUUAAUUCUCAUGGUUUGAUACUGGUAUGCCUUGCUUUAUUUGUGGCAAUGGCUGGUGCAACUCAGUUCAAGGUUGGAGGCUCGAAAGGGUGGAGUGCGCCUGAUCCUAAUGCAGAGUCAUACAAUCAGUGGGCGGAAAGAAACCGAUUCCAAAUUGGAGACACGCUACUGUUUGUGUACCCUCGCGACAAAGAUUCAGUCCUCCAAGUUGACAGAGAAGCCUACAGCACCUGCAACACAUCAUCCUACAUUGCCAAAUUCGACGACGGGAACACGGUCUUCACGUUCAGCCGAUCGGGUCCCUUCUACUUCGUCAGUGGCGUGGAAGCCAAUUGUCUAAAGAAGGAGUCCUUGGUGAUCGUCGUUUUGGCCGAUCGGAGCAACCGCGCAAGCCAACCGAUCUUAGCGCCUUCUCCUUCCCCAGCCUCCACACUUUCUCCUCCCCCUCUCAUUCCUUCUCCCUCAUUAGCUCCUGGUGAAGGAGAAGUCACACCACCAUCACCUUCCCCUAGUGAAGGAGAAGGAGAGACCACAGCUCCUCCCCCUCCUCCGCCAAAUGGAGCUUCUUUGAAGGUGGUGGGCUUCAUGGGAUCAUUUGGAGCUCUUAUUGGGUUUUUUUUUUUUAGUUUGUAAGAACUAAGAGGGUGAUUAGCUAUAUUUGGUGUUGUCGGUGCAAUGAGCUUGAUGAGUCAACUUUUCUUCUUUUUUUUUUAAAUUCAUUUGACAAAUAAAUACAUUGUCCUGUAAUGUUGAAGAAGAACUAAUAAGUUUGGUGGCAUCACUACUUCAAGUAA